UCAAGAAGACGUGCAAGUACGGUUCAAGUGACUCCUUCCAGUAGAUUUCAUCCGUUCUAUAGUCUUGUAAUCCUGGGAAUAAAAGAAAUUCUGCAAGUGAUCAUCGUACAUUCAGUCAUUAGAGCCUGAAAUUUGUUACAAGCAAGUCCUAAAGACAAAACUAUCUUUAGCCAUGUAGUUUCUUGUUUGGUACUAGCUGGUAUUUAUGAAGGUGUGGAAUCUAAGUUACUGAAAAUCCGAGUAAUCAUUCGAGCUUGUCUUUUUUGAGCUUAUCAAAUUCUUCAGUUACACGUAUUAUGAUGAAACAUUAUCUAGUAAGUUACUUUGAAAAUUAUAUAAUUCACUUCUCUCAUACAGCCUGAAAAAACAAAGUUGUGUUUAAAAUUAAACUAUUUAUCAUAUGCCUGUAUGAUAUCAACAUGAAUAUAAACGCUGUGUAUGUAGAAGGAGUUGCCGCAUUUAAAACUCUACAAACUCGAACCAAGAAUUCUUUCCAACUUUUAAAGGAAUCUAGCUUGAGCCAGCGAGUAGCAAACAUCCAGACUCGUGCCCAGCAUACGUUUGACGUCCUAAAAAGCAACACAAUUACAAGGUUAAACCGGGGCAGUUUAUCAGACGACUACUCGCACAUCUAUCGACGGAAGACUCGGUGGGAACUUGUGAUUCUCAGUGGUGCAGUAUGUGGUAUUGAAUUUUGUUAUGCAGCUGAAACAGCCUUUGUGAGUCCUAUCCUGCUAGGACUGGGAGUCCAAGUGAGGUUCAUGACUUUGAUAUGGUGUCUGAGUCCACUCAUAGGAUUUUUUCUAACCCCAAUUUUGGGUUCCUUAAGCGACAGAUGUUACUCACGCCUGGGCCGAAGGAGACCAUUCAUCAUUUUCCUCUCUAUAGGAAUCUUCUUGGGACUUAUAUUUGUUCCCAAUGGAAAAGACAUUGGACUUUAUCUUGGUGAUCAUGAUGAAAUAUUAUAUGAAGAUAUUCAAAAUAUCACUUCCACUGGUUAUAUCGCAAGGGAUAAUCUAAUCGAAUCUAUGGACGUACCAAACAUGAUACCAGAGAGCUCACCAAACUCCAUAGUUUCUACAGACCUCAUAACAAAGGUCUCUCGGAAGCUGGAAAUGGUGGCCACGAGACAAACAAUGAACAGGACAGCUACAAUUCUUGAAGUAUUACUCAUACUUGAUAUCGUACGCACAUUUACUAUUAAAGUUGCUACAGUAACACAUCGAUCACUAAAACUAGGAGCUAAGCCCGUCUACAUUGGGGGACAACUUGCUUAUUCCAUCGGUAUGAUUGUGAUGGCUUCCGUAAAGCACAAACUGUGUGUUAUCCUGCUCUCCCCAACUGCUGGAAUGAUGUAUGCUACGUUGUUUACAAUGCCUUAUCUUCUCGUGGCUCACUACCAUUGCAACGAAACGUUCGAAAAGAAAACGGAGGGAAGUCAACUGACGUCAUCGCACGUUCGAGGUAUUGGAACCGAUGUAGCUACCGUAGGCAGUAUGGUCUUCCUCUCGCAGUUCGUACUCUCCUCGUGUAUGGGAAGCAUAGUGCAAGCUGUCGGUUCAAGCGUAGCCACAGUCUGGGCAGCUUCAAUUUUGAGCUCUUGUGGCGCCCUCUGUGCUACGCAAGUUAUGUAUCUUGAUCUUUAAAUUUAUUUAAACCGUCAGAACAACUGAAGUGUGUAACUUACAUAUUUCUAAUUAAGCAAAAUCAAGAUAUCGAAAGAAAACGUUUUCUGUUGUUAUUAGUUCUUUAUUUGAAAGAUAAACUUCAACAGUAUACGUUUACAUUUUCCUGGUUCCCAAAUUACCUUGGUAAUUCUUGUUAAGAAGGUAACAUAUUUUAUACUUUAUUUGCACCACGCUUUGCAUUUCAAGUUCGUCUGAUUAUUGUAUAAUUAGGGAAAGGAAAAUAAAAAAAGCCUUAUGAUAAACAUCAAGAAAUAUUUAACGUCUGAACCAAAAUCAAUACUUUAAAGAACAACCGCUGUUCAAGGUGUAUAACGAGUUAUUUAUUGCUGUUGUUUUUUAGAUUAAAAAUUCAUGAAAUGAAAAAUGUGAUGGUUAUUACUCAAGUUGGAGAAGUAUGAGAAAAAUAUUUAAAAAAACCACCAGUUUUUAAACUUUGCAGAACAGACUGGUGGAUUGUGAAAACUAUACAUACUAGACUUUUAAUGUUAACCAUCUAAAUCUCAUACAUUUGAAAUAACAAUACCAACAUUUUAAGUGCUGAUUUACACAUUAAGAGCGAGAAUUGAUAACAAAAGUAUUCUUCAUUCUGUAAACUGGUUUUCAAUAAAUUCAAAUCUCUGCAAACCCAGCAUUUAUUGUCAAAAUACAUACAUUCAUAUAAUUUUUCACUUUUUGUUUGCCUCUGUUGUAUAAAUCGGCGUUUUCAAACUAGGAUCCGAGCGUCAUGUCCGAAGUUUCAUAAAAAUUAUUUUAAAGAAUAUGAUCUACAGAAUAAAAAUAUGUUUUCGUAAAAUGAAACCUAUGUGGAGUAAACCAUUUAAUUUUGGAAUACAGCUUUUCAUGUACACGGAAUCCUUUAUUUCAAAACAAAGAACUUUGAUAGGCUUGGGACUCAGGUUUCUAAAAUAGGAGAACCGCUAGCAUAAAUUAUGUCGAAAAUAUCCAUAUAACACAAUACUUUUUAUUGGUAAUUUUUUUAAAUUUCAAAGCGCUACCUAUGAUUAGUCUAUUUCAACUUAUCUGUAUUCAUAUUUAGCUAUAUUCAAGUAGCUUGAUUUAUGUUUAAAAUAUGUUAUAUACGUGUGUGUAUUCUUGUAGAUAAUACAAUU